UAUGUACACCAUUUCGAUACUGUAAUGACAGAUAGGAUUUCUUGUGGGCAAAAAAAUGAACAACAAACCCCUACUGAAUCUCCAAAAAACAAAUGUCUUACCUUAUAGUUGCGCCUUGAAAUAUCUUCACUUCAAGAGCUGCGAAGCAACGUGUUAACAAUACUGGUAUAGAAGUAACUGACUAAUGCAUGCACGGGUCCACAAGAAUUGGAACUUCGUCGAGAUUUCAACGUCAUAAAAUUAUCCAAAGUGAAAAUGGUACACUCGACGUAAGUGCUAUUCUGUUGACUGAAAUACCAAACAUGAAAAGACCGGUCAUUUGGAGAUACCAGAAUUAUAAAUAUGAAUGUGACCUGACAUGCGCCAACAGCCCUGAAUAUAUAGUGACACAUAAUGGGAGUAUAUCGACUUUAUGGAUCCGAAGUGUAACUAAGGAACGUUUAUCUUGGACAUUUUGUGACGACAAUCUCAAUUACAGAAAAUUUGAUCUGAAGAUAAACAGUUUGACACGCGAAGAAACUUAUAAAAUUACCCAAAACGGUAAAUGACUUAACAAACCUUUUCCAAACGCUGUCUUUUUAAUUCUGCCUUCUA